UCACUCGUGCUGCCCUGCUCUAACGUACACUCAUCCAUCCGGUCUAAUCUUUUUAUUCACCGUCUAGUCUCUAGCAUAUAAUUCCCCUCUAUCUGACGUCCAAUCCUUUACAUUUGCCAUGCGUCUCACUGCCACUCUCCUCGCCGUCUUCACCCUCCUUUCCACCGGCGCGUUGGUGCAGGCCGUGUCGCACGACGCUCAAGCAUGCGCGAAACUGACAGAUUGCGGCUCUUGUGUCAAUGCGAGCCGUUGUGGUUACUCUGUUGACACGCAGAGCUGUAUCGCGAAGAAGGGUCACUCCGGGACUAUUGUUAUAUCUGCACCUCAAUGCAAGAAGGUCUCUUCGAUACUUGCUGCACGAAGCUUGACUCUCGCCAUAAGAGCGGAGAUAUACGAUACCAGAGUAGGGCCUCACACCGUCAACGGCACACCCAACAAACCGAAGUCCGGCCGGCACCUCACGUCGACUUGGUUCGCGGAGCCAAAGAACGCGACCACUCUUGCGCAUAUCAAUAUCAACCCAGACCCAUCCUCCGAUCUGUAGUACUCCUCCGGGCCCUUCCUCCAUCUAGAGGUCAUCGAAAUCCAGACGAGCCUCGAGGAUAUUCCGACGCUUUGGCCGCGCCGGCUUCGGCUUCGGCUUGCUAGUAACAUACCCACUGUCCACCUUCCCUCGCCUCUCUAGAUUCAUGAGGACGUCGUCGACGUCCGACCGGACGUCAAGGGGCUCGAGGCAUUUGGGACGGGUCGGCUUGCUCGGUUUGGUGACAUACCCGCU